UCUACACGUUACCUGAUAGCAGCAAGAAAGAUUGGGAACAAGAACUGACAGUUCUCUCUGACAAGAUUCAGCAUGUCAAGACACUGAUUUAUCAGGAAGUCCGAAAGUGGGUGCGAUCCUAUUUGCCCAAGAAUGAUGGAUUGGGAUUUUCCAAUUCCCUUCUAGACAGCUUGAAAGAGCUUAUCUCUUGCCAUUCUGGUUCAGUUUUAUCUCUGAAGAACAAGCUUGAAGUAGUCCAUGAGGAGCUUGAAUCUUUCCAAAAGAAUAUUGCAAAACAAAGCAACAAUAAACACGACGAACAGCAACAUCUUGUGGCAAGAGUCGUUGAUAAGGCAUAUGAGGUUGAGUACAUAGUUGAUUCUUUUGCAGUUAGAGAUGCUCCUCUUACUUAUCUUACAGAGUGGUUCUCAGAUCUCGUAAGGGAGAUUGUGCUCCUUAAGACAAAACCUGCAUACCUAAAUUCGUUCGACGAGAAAGACAGCUGGCACUUAUUAGAGAGGAAGGUAUUUGGGGAACAAAUCUGCCCCCAGCAGCUAAGGGAAGUGGGGCAAGCAAUAGCCAAGAAGUGUAAAGGAGUACCAAUUUGCAUUGUUUUAGUGGCUGGUCUUCUAGCAAAGAUAGAUAAGACAGAACAAUGCUGGAAGCUAGUGGAAUUGAGUUUUGGUGAGGGAAUCCAGGUUGACGCAAAGGAUUUACUAAAACUAGCUUACAAUGAUUUACCUGAUAAACUGAGACCAUGCUUUUUAUAUUUUGGGGCAUUUGUAGAAGACAGGGAGAUUUUUGUCUCUAAGUUAAUAAAUCUAUGGAUCGCCGGGGGAUUCAUAGAAAAUGAUAAGGAGAAGUGUUUGGAGGAUAUUGCAGAAGAUUACCUAGAAGAUCUUAUUGAAAGAGAGCUCGUCAUCGUCACUAAGAAGAAAUCAAAUGAGAAGUUAAAAGCAUGUCGUCUGCACGACCAAGUGCUCGAGUUCUGCCUGGCAAAAGCUAAGGAAAAUAAUUUCCUACUGUGCCUUAAAAGAGAUUAUGAUGCCAAGCCUCCACAGUUUUAUUCUGAAAAGCCUUCACAUCGCCGCUUAUCAUUUUGCUCUAAUGGGGAUUAUCUUGCUGGGUGGAGGCCAUCAUGCUCACAUGCUCGUUCAGUAUUAUUCAGGGAGGUCAAUGAUGAUUCUUUUUCCACUGAACUUAAUCAUCUAAGGUACCUUGCUGUUCAAACUACUCGGAGUUCUAUCCCAUCAUCUAUUGAAAAUCUUUACAAUCUUCAGACCUUCAUAAUCAAAAGAACUGGAGGAAAGCAGGUACAUUUGCCAGAUAUUUUGUGGAGGCUGAUUAAUUUGAGACAUAUAAGCAUCAGUUACAGAGCUUUGUUUAACUUGCAUGAUGCACAAGAAUCCCUUGAUGAGAGCCCCUCAAAACUUUACGAUUUGGCUACACUUUCCUCACCAUAUGUUUCCAGUGCGGAAGAUAUGGAGAUAAUAGUGAGAAAAGUACCCAAUCUUCGAAAGCUAAAAUGUGAAUUUGCGGAUUCAUGGGGUUGGGAAAAGAAUGAAAAUGGAUUCCCUGUAUUAGACUCCUUACAUCGACUUGAAACGCUAAAGGUUCACUUCUUCAAUUUUCCAAAAGUAGGUCCUUCAAGAUUAAAUUUCCCAUUGAAUCUCAAGAAACUGACAUUAUGCAAAUUUUAUCUACCGCAUGCUGAAAUUUCAAUCAUGGCCAAACUUGUCAACCUUGAGAUACUUAAACUGCAACAAGUUGUUUUUGAAAGGGAGGAAUGGGAAGUGGCGGAUGAAGAGUUCCCUAAGCUCAAGUUGUUGAAGCUAGAAAAUCUUGAACUCUCACAAUGGAGAGCAUCAGAUGACGCGUUUUAUAACCUUAGGCGAUUGGUUUUAAGAGGAUGUUCACAUCUCGAAGCAAUCCCUUAUUGCUUUGAGGACAUUCCUUAUUUGGAAUACAUUGAAGUAAAAUCAUGCAGUGAAGAUGUCAUCAACUCAGCCAGGGAUAUCACAGAAAUGCGAGUUGAUAUGGGUGCUGAUUGGCGUUACUUAUUAGUCGCUGACGUGAUGGUUAUUGAGUGCAUUAGUGUACUUCGUUUUUCCAUUCCUUGUUGUACUUCUGGGGCCAUGGCAAUAUUAGUUCUAUGUUCAUUUUACCAGAUGCACAUAAAUACCACCAGCAGUGCUGAUGUGACAUAG